GUGUCAGCUGACCACACAGGGGAAAUUUAUUAACGAAACUAUCCAGCACAGCCAUGCCCCGUAUCAGUGAUCGAUUUGUUGAUCGAUUACAGCGUGUAUGAUAGCGUGUAGAAGCGCGCGCUGGAGUCAUAUUGUUUCUGAAACAUUUUACAGCAAGUUGCGCCCUUGAAUCCGAGUCUUCUGAAUAGGCUCUGACACCAUGCUAGCCACAGUGACUGCUGUGGUUAGGUUUGCUCAAUACAACAGCAGUAUUUCACCCACACCAUGGGAGAACACAUCAGCAUUCCCAACUUGGAAACCUGACACUGAAGCCAACAUCACCAAGCCUCACAAAUGUCUGCAAGUUCUGUAUGAGGACAUUGGAGACUCCAGAGUGCGGUUCUGGGACAUUUUACUGCUAGUGCCUAAUGUGGCCUUCUUUGUAUUCCUGAUGUGGAAGCUGCCCUCAGCCAGGGCAAAGAUUCGACUCACCUCUAGCCCCAUCUUCGUCACCUUUUACUUGCUGGUUUUUGUCGUAGCAGCAGUUGGAAUCACCCGGGCUAUAGUGUCCAUGACUGUCAGUGCAUCCAGUGCUGCCACCAUCAUAGACAAAGUGCUGUGGGAAAUCACCCGUUUCUUCUUGCUGGCUAUUGAGCUCAGUGUUAUCAUCUUGGGACUGGCUUUCGGGCACCUGGAGAGCAAGUCCAGUAUAAAGCGUGUCCUGGCCAUCACUGCAGUGCUGGCUCUGGGUUACUCCAUCACACAGGGCACACUAGAGAUCCUAUAUCCAGACAGUCACCUCUCCGCCGAGGACUUCAACAUCUAUGGCCAUGGAGGACGGCACUUCUGGUUGGCCAGUUCCUGCUUUUUCUUCCUGGUGUACUCUUUGAUUGUGAUCUUGCCUAAAACUCCAUUGAGGGAGAGGAUAUCUCUGCCAUCUAAGAGGAGUUUUUAUGUGUAUGCUGCCAUCCUGUCUCUACUGAACUUUGUCCAGGGCCUGGGUAGCGCUCUGCUUUGUGCUGGAAUCAUAGAGGGACUCUGCUGUGUGGAUGUUACCACCUUCCUGUAUUUCUCCACAUUUGCUCCGCUCAUCUAUGUCACAUUCCUCAAAGGCUUCUUUGGUUCAGAGCCCAAGAUCCUUUUCUCCUACAAGUCACAGGUGGAUGAGCCAGACGAAAGUGACGUCCAUCUUCCCCCCACUGUUGCUACAACUCUUGGCCGCAAGGAGCUGACUGACCAGGGCCUCUUCUACUCCUCCACCCAAAUUGAUGGCUCUGGUCCUGGUAGCUCUCGUAUGGUGGGAGCAUACCUGGAUGAUGUUGCCUCUGGACCCUAUGGGUCCAGCAGCAUUAACAGCAUUGAAGCUGAUCGCUGGAGACCUAUCAAUGCGUGAGAAGAUGAAGAGGAAAGUGGAAGAAGAGAGAUGGUUAUACAGCUGGACUUAAAUGUUGUGCAUGUGUAGUGUGUUAGGCAGGAUGGUGACCAGAGGAGUUGGCCUAAAAAAAUGCAGAGUGAAGUAGGUGGACAUCAGGGAAAGGUAAUCUUGGCCUCUCUUUGAGGCCAAGACAGGUUAACAAGUGGAUACUUUAGGAGAGACCUUUCCGAGCCAAUUAUCUGAAGGACUGUGAAUUUAGCAACUGCUUUUGUAACACUGUUGCCAGAGUGCACUGCUGCUGUAGCUCCACACUAGGAGUACUGUCCCUCAUUGUGGCCCUGACAGACUCCAUGUUGAUUCUGUUUCACAGGCUCUUAAAUGUGGGGGCUUACCAACUCGUCUCAGCACGUUUUCUAUCAUUCCAGCAUCAACUGCUCAGUCCUCAGUGAUGAAGUUUUAGCCCCAUGUUAAGUAACCAAGUCUUUAAAAACUGUCUAACAUUCUUUUGAUGACAUCUCAGCGUCGGUACAUUCCCGCUAAAGCCUUUGAGUAACAACAUCUCUCCUGACUCUGCUGCCUUGUAUUAGGUUUGUGACUCAGCUGUCACUGUGCCUCUUUACACAGGGCAAGGACUCGUGCUCAUUCAAUUUGAUUGGUGUACUUUGUCUUCUGAAAUAGGUGCUGUCCGUCCUGUUAACAAGUGGGCGGUGUUAAGGUGAUGUGUGUCACUGCAAUAUAUUAAGGAAAUCAGUAGCUCCUAAAUACAGGCAUUGUAUUAAUUUCAAUGAUCUUAAACCACCUACAAGGCUCUCUGCUGGAGGCUGAGACACAAGAACAGUUGUUGAACAAUUCAAAUAGCAUCUCAGGCAUAAGCUCUCUUCAUUUCUUUCUUCUUAUUUAUUUUCUGCUUUUGCUUUAACUUCUUACGCUGGAUUAAUCAUUCCUGCUACUGAAAGCACAUAUGUCAGCUUCAUAGUCAUUGAGGAAGUGUUAUCAUUUGUGUGGUUUGAACAGCAAACGUGCAGAAACCUAUUUUGUGUAUUCCAAUUCAGACCUGCACUUAUUUCAUAUCAGCAUAUCUAGUUCAGCUUUGCUUGCUGCAGAAGGGUUGCUGUUGCGAAGUUGGGUUUUUAUUGUGCUGCUAACCUCUUUUUAUUUUCCCAUGUUAACAGUUUUCAAAAAUGUUAUUACAAGUGGUAAAAUUAGACCAAAAAUUGCUCAAUUUUAUAGUAUCAAAUGGUGGUAUUGACACAGCUUCAUUAUAUAGAUAAUAACCUUUGAAUUCCUCUGAGCAUGAAAAGCUCAGGAAAUCAUGUGAGUGAUGGGUGAUUUUAAAAGACAAUGGAUAAAACUACUGGACUGUUGUAGAGAAAAUGUUUCAUUCUGAUUCAUUUCAGGCUUAAAUUCAUUGUAUUAUGGUCCAGCUCAUGAACUCAUACUUGUCAUGUAGUAUUACUACAAUAGCAUAUUUGACUCUUUUGAAACCACCUCACAUCAUUUACUUAUGCCUACCAAGGAGGUAUGGUGGAUGUAAGCUCGCCCCUGAAAGUACUAUAUGUUUGAUAGGAAUGGAUUACUGUAUUUAAGCUAGCAGUAUUCAUAGAUAAUGGUGACCUGUUUGCAGAAAAUAUAGGGUUGCAUCUAUUUUUUCACCAUUGUAAAGCAACAACACAGUAAAGAGGUAAUGUAUUUCCAAGAAAAUACAGUAUUUGCUCAAUUCUUGAAAUAUUUUAAUAUUCAUAGUUGAAUGCUAGUGAGCACUGCUGCUUUACCUGGAGUGAGAAUAAUGAUUGGGAAAUCAGUUUGCUGUUUCAUGAGCUCACAAGGUACAUUGUUAUGGAAGUGAAGUGCACUCUCUUGGAUAGUUAAGAUGUCUGUUGGUGAAAUCAUUUUGCAAAUGAUGUGUAAAUUGCCUUUUUAUUUAAGUGCAUUGAUUGUAUGAUAUUCAGCCCGUAUUAAUGCGAUGUGUUGAGCAUUCCAUGAACUACAGAAUAAACCAUGGACUCUU